AUGCACUCUCGGGUGAAUGUCCGAAGCGUGGACAGAGGUAGACGUAGGUACAGACGUAGGAUCGUAUUCAGUCUUUCCAGAACUGGAGUAAUGACUUCGAAGGAGGGACUGAAGAGGAAGAUAUUAGAAGAAGCUUCGUUUCCGAGGAAGAAGAUGCGGACGAUUUUUUUUCGGAGUACGGUGCAUGGAACAAUAGAGAGACCUCCGGCAUCGGCAGCGCAAGUGAGCUUAACUUGCAGAUUGAAAGAUGCAGAUUUGGAGGAAAACAACGCAGACCCCACGAUCUACACGACGUUCGAUGCAAGCCCUUCGUAUUGUAUCGUAACGACGUUACAGAAUAGCAAGCGGUUGUCUAUUUACGAGCCUGA